CUCCUUUCAGACGUCUUUUUUGCGAAACUAUAAUCCACCUACACCAUCCACUAUGCCUCCUUGGAACGGUCCCCGCGCCAAAGUCCAGCUCAAACUCUCAAUCCAGCGCCUCCGCACUCUCCAAGAAAAGAAACACGCCCUCGCCAAAGCCUCCCGCCGGUCUAUCGCCGACCUUCUCGCCCAGGGGCGCGUCGAAACGUGUCGAUUACGGGUGGAGGGGCUGAUACAGGAUGAUAUCGGGGUAGAGAUGUUGGAGGUUUUGGAACUUUACUGCGAGAAACUCCAAGCCCGCUUCAACAUGCUCGACGCUUCCACCGGCACCGAACCCGACGCUUCCAUAUCCGACGCCGUCUGCGCCAUCGUCUACGCCGCGCCGAGAACCGAAUUGAAAGAACUACAAGUCCUCCGCGAAAUCCUCUUGCACAAGUUCGGUCGCCCAUUCGCCCUCUCCCUCCUCCCCACCGACCCUCCUCCCGACACCGUCCCCGCCCGUAUCACCUCUAAACUCGCACUCUACCAACCCACCCCCGAACUCGUGGACCUGUAUCUCUGGGAAAUUGCCAAAGGAUACAAAGUCGAUUGGGUUCCGGAGAGUGUCGCCUCCGAGACUGCCGGCGAGGAAGAUGAAGCCGGCGAGGCAGAAGGCGAGGAUGGUGAAGAUGGGGACAAGGGUGAAGGAGAUGAAGGCAAAGAAGAGGGUGAGAAGAAGGAGUCAACGAAGGGGCAAGAAGCGCAAGCAGUGAAGGAGAAGAAGCUGUCCCCGGAAGAAGAGCUUGCGGCGAGGUUUGCUCAGCUCAAGAAGUUGUAAUCUACGUUGAUGUAAGGAAACGUUGUACUCGUAUCAUACGUCGGGCCAGAAAGGUGGUCUGCAGUUUCGAGCAGGGUGAUCGUGCAUACUACUGAUC